CAGUGUACCUGUGCACAAAGCAAGCUCUAUGAUGACAUGGUGUUGAUGAAAAAGGCAAGGAUUUAUGUUGUUGUUGUUGUUGUUGUUGUUGUUGUCCAAUUACUGUUGAAAAUCUGCUAUACAAGUGUUGCAGCAUAAACAUGGAGCUAUAAAAGUGAAGGGUCUUAUUUACAGAGAUUUAAAACAUUAAUGCCCAUCAACUUAUAUCAUCAUUUUACUUUUUUUUCUUUUCUUUUUUUUUUCUUAAUGUAUUUGGUGAAUCUGGUUUUUAAACAAUUUUUUCUUGAAUGUUUUUUUCACACAGACUUUUAUGUGUAAACUGUUCCUAAUAUUUUAUUGAGUUUCUCUGCAGUACAGUUUCAAAGAAAAUGGAACUGAAAAGUGAAAGUGUAUUUCUGUAUUCUGUUUUAUUAUUAUUCGGUUUUAUUUUUUUUUAAACAAGAAGUUGAACAAGAGAUUAAUCGAGCAUUAUAGCAUCAAUUUGUUUUACGUUUUUUAAAUAUUUCUCGCUAUAAUUAAUAUUUCUUGGGCAAACUCAUCUGAUACCAUAGACAACCACAGAAGUAAUAAGAAACAGUAAUAUUUAUAGAGUUCUACAGAGCUUGAAUUGAGAACUGAGUGUGUGUGAGGUUACUGGAAAGUGUGGAAGUGGUUUAGGUGGCAGUGUGCAGAGUUCAGACCGACGUCAGUCUGACAUAAAAAAGACGCUCUGGUGUGUGAUCAUAAAAAUAUCUGUGUGGAUUUCAAAAUGAAGCCUGUUCUGAUCGCAGUGUUUUUUAUCAAUUUGUCCACCUCUAUUCAGGAAGAAAGUCAGGGCCGUUUACAUCCAGCGUAUAUUUACAAUGGUGGAGUGACCAAAGUGAAGGAAAGUGAAAGCAUCACCUUUAAGUGCUCAACUUUUAAUAUAACAGUAAAUAUAACAGAAAUCCACAUGUACCUCUUCAAAAAUAGUGAGAGAUUCAUGAUGAAGGAUAUUGAAAAAAAAGACGAUACAACAUUUCCCCUUACUAAUCUUACUGUAGAACAUUCUGGAUUGUACACAUGUCUUUACUCUGAAAAGAAACUCAAUGUCAGUAAGACAAAUGCAACAGGACACAACUCUGUCUCACUCGACGUUUGGGGUAAAAUAUUACCAGCGAGAAUUGAAAGUACAGAAACUUCAGUAACAAAAGGAGAAACAAUGAAACUGACCUGCACCUUUACAAAAAUUCAAAACUGUGCUCAAGUCUACGUUUAUCUCUGUGUCAAUGGGAUCGGAAACAGCAAGAAGCAGGUGAACUGUAGCAACAGGAACAUUUCCACAACAUUUCACCUUAUAGUCUCUGAAAACUCUGUGAACUACAGCUGUGUGUAUUCAGUGUCUAACUACAAUGUCAGUGAGGUGCGAUAUACAGGAGAAAACACCAUCUUUGUUCAAGUACCUGAAAAAGGUUUUGGUUUUUGGACUUUGAUUAUCGGUGUAUCGGUUGCUGUGUCAGUGGUUCUGUUGGUUCUGUUGGGAUUGUGCUACUGUCGAAACAUUCUCUUUUUCAGGAUGUGCCAAGAUCCUGAUGUAAGAAAAAAUCCAAACAAUGAGCAUUUCUACCAUGAGAUCGCAACAGACACUCCUGUAGAUACAUUCUACACUGUUGAAAAUGGAGAGCUACACUUUAGGGAAGGUCCGGUGGAAGAUUUGGCUGACAACGUAAAUAAUCUAUACAGCAAAGUACAAAUGGUUGAAGAAACACUCUGCAUUGUUGAAAAUGGAGUGCUACACUUCAGUGAAGGUCCGGUGGAAGAUUUGGCUGACAAUGUAAAUAAUGCAUACAGCACAGUACAAAUGUUUGAAGUUCCUUCACAAGAUGAACAACCUGCGGAGAAAUUCGUGGACUCAAAUAUAGAUGCAGUCUGUUAUGACACUGUAAAAUCUCCAUACGCUGCAAUCCAGAAACGUAAAGGUAACGCAGGAGGUGAUGGACAUAAUGUGCUUGUGCCUUGUAAAAUAUCGUCAGUGAUGGCUGAUUAAAACAGUCUUUCCUUCAGAAAAAACAGCAGAUGAGCAGGCAAUGCAAAGCUUUAGUUAUGAAACCAAUGUGAUCUGCAGAAUGGAGAAGCACUGAGGUACAAAAGCCAGCAACCAAAACCACACAGGACAUCAAACCGAAGACCAGUUAACCUUUCACACAUACCCUUUUAUAGUGAAAGCGUCUCUUUGUGAGAAAUCGAGAAACGCUACGUUUCACAUAAACAGGAUGCAUUAUUCAAAACCACAACGUAGAGGAGUAUUUUGUGUAGUAGAUCUGUACUGAGUGCUGCUUUUUUUUAAGAUUACACAGCAGAUCAUUGUUGUACCUCCCACCAAAGUACACCACCUUUAAUAUUUUAUUCUGUAACUUUCAUGAUAUAAUUCAUUUUUUCUUGGAUUUCAUGGCUUUGUAACUUAUAUAAUUGACCAUUAGACUAACUGAAAUGUCAUAUGGAAUAAAAAAGUCAUUUGGAUAAGGAAAACUUUA